CCCCACAGUUUCCUCUCGCGUCGCACGUUGUGUCGCAAGAGAACCGUAGCCAAUAAGGAGGCGGGAGUGAGCGCCGAUUAGCAGUCGCCGGCACCUUCUGCGAUCCUCAAGACAGUUUUCUGGUGCUGCUUCUCCUUCGUUUGUCAGGCAUUGCGGAGAGUUCAGCACAAAGGAACUGUACCAUUUAGAAGAAUGGAAGCAGAUGCAUCUGUCGAAAUGUUUUCCAAAGUCUUGGAGAGCCAGCUCCUGCAGACUACCAAACUAGUGGAGGAACAUUUGGAUUCUGAAAUUCAGAAACUGGAUCAGAUGGAUGAAGAUGAAUUGGAACGGCUCAAAGAGAAGCGACUGGAGGCCCUAAAGAAAGCUCAGCAGCAGAAACAAGAAUGGCUUUCGAAAGGACAUGGGGAAUACAGAGAAAUCCCUAGUGAGAGAGACUUUUUUCAAGAAGUCAAGGAGAGUAAGAAGGUGGUUUGCCAUUUCUACAGAGACUCCACGUUCAGGUGUAAAAUAUUAGACAGACACUUGUUGAUCCUGUCCAAGAAACAUCUUGAGACCAAGUUUUUGAAGCUGAAUGUGGAAAAAGCACCCUUCCUCUGUGAGAGACUGCAUAUCAAAGUCCUCCCCACGCUAGCGCUCGUGAAAGACGGCAAAACACAAGAUUACGUUGUGGGAUUCACUGACCUGGGCAAUACCGACGACUUCACCACAGAAACUUUGGAGUGGAGGCUGGGCUGUGCUGACAUCCUCAACUACAGUGGAAAUUUAAUGGACCCACCGUUUCAGAGCCAGAAGAAAAACUUCACAAAGCUGGAAAAGAAAACGAUCCGAGGAAAGAAAUAUGACUCAGAUUCGGAUGAUGACUAGAGCUCAGUUACAGUUCUUUGUAAAUUGUCUGUUAAUUUCUGUUUACUUCAGACUGAAUGUGUUUCUAAAACUCUAUGAUUUUAAUAUAACGUUGAUCGUCUAAUACUCACAUCCCAGAUUUUUAUACGGCCCCACAACCCCGAAAGGCACCUUUCCAGUUUUCUGUGUGGCUGACGGCUUCAAGUUGAGGGAAACUUCUGAAUUCUCAAAUUACCUGGGGAGGGGCUAGAUUCCCUGUCGUUGGAAUUAGUUUUUAUCACAGUGUGAUUCUUACAUCUUUAUACCAUUCACAAUUGUGUUUUUAAUCUGCUGAGCUAGAAAUAGAAAUUCAACAAACUAUUCCAGGACUGAAUAUUACUCAGUGCUAUUUACAUCACAGGUCCAGGAACAUUUACUGGUGUGGCACACUGCACUUGUAAAUGAACGUGAAUUAUAAGCACUUCACCUGUGGAAUUUAUUUAAAUAACUAUUAAAGAACUACUUGUUCUGGACGCUGCAUGUUGAUGUUGAAUCAGCUGAUGCAGCAGAAAGCUAUUUCAGGUUGUGAACAUAUUGCCUUACUUAACGGGUCCUCAUGGCUUAGAUUUGAAGACAGGCAUUUAAAAGUAAUCAGGAAACACUUGGAAUGGCAGCAUGAGGAAAUCCACUGACUCAAUAAAACAACCAUAACUGGUAAAAA